AUGUCGCUCCUAUUCCUCUCGGAAGAUAUCAUCGUACAAGUCCUAUUAUACCUUCCGGUUAAAUUUUUGAUGCAACUGAGAUGCGUUAGCAAAGCAUGGAACACCAUCAUCUCUGAUCCCAAAUUCAUUAAACUGCACCUUCAACGUUCCACAAAAGACAGGAAUCUUACACAAAUCUUGUGCUUGUUUAAGGACUCUUGUAUGCAACCCUAUCCCCUCAAAACUUUACUAAACACUCCUUCCAUACUAGAUUCCACCGGACAAGACUUCUCACUCGGUGCCGACACCCGCUACCAACUCAUUGGUUCCUGCAAUGGAUUGCUAUGUUUUAGAGUUUUUACAUUUACGGACUUUCAAAACACUUUGUUUCAAUUAUGGAACCCAGCCACCAACGCAUUUUCUGUCUCCUUUGGACAACAUUCGAAUUCUCACACACAUAUAUGUGACUAUCUCAGGUUUUCUAGGUUUUCAUUUGGUUAUGAUAAUUCAACUGAUACUUAUAAGAUUUUGUAUAUGGGUCCGAACAAAUUCGAAAUAUUUAGUUAUGGGAGUAAUGUUUGGAAACUUAUUCAACUGUUUCAUGUUGUUCCUUUAGACCAUUGGAAAAUUGCUCCCGGAAAACGUUGUAUUUUCAAUCAUGAUAUGUAUUUGAAUGACACUAUUAACUUUUUGGCCCGAGAUAUUGCUCAACAUAUUGUGAUUAUCUCGGUGAAUUUAGGUACAGACACAUAUCACGAGUUGCUUCCCCCUCAAGAAUUUGUUGAAGUUCCACUUCAUUUGCCAACUAUUUCUGUGUUAGAGGACUCACUUUGUUUUUGUCACCAUACACAGAAAACCCAUUUUAUUAUAUGGAAGAUGAAGGAGUUAGGAAUUGAAAAGUCUUGGACUCUAUUUCUUAAAAUAAGUUAUCAGGAUUUGGAUAUUGGUAUUAAAUAUAGAUAUUUUAUGGCCCCAUUGUGCGCUUACGAGAAUGGCAUCGCACUAAUACUAGCAAAUCGCCGUCGUGGAUUGGAAGUGAUUAUAUAUAAUUGGAGUGAUGAUAGAAUAGAAAAAACUAGAUUGAGCAACGUGGAGUGGAUGUUUCCCUAUGAUUAUGUUGAAAGCUUGGUUUCUCCUUAUUAA